UCCACCCUCCCCUCGGCGGGCUCUAUUUAUAGCCCUAGCAAAGUAAUUUAUUGUCCUUGAGAAAAAGAAAGAAAGAAAGAAAGAAAGAGAGAUGGGUUCAUUGGCCACCCCACCACAGGUAGUAGAAGACUGCUUUGGUGUCCUGAAACUCUACAGCGAUGGUUCCAUUGUCCGAUCACCGAACGUAGAUUACCAAUUUCUGAUCAACGACGAUGGCUCCGUCGAAUGGAAAGACCGUCUUUUCGACAAAAACCACGACCUCUACCUCCGCCUCUUCAAACCCACCACCACUAUAAACCCAUCGUCAUCGUCAUCAUGUUCCCCAAAUAAAAAACUUCCCAUCGUGUUCUACAUUCAUGCCGGUGGCUUUUGCUUGGGCUCUCGCUCUUUCGCCAACUUCCACAACACCUGCCUCAGCCUCGCUUCCGGGCUUGGAGCCAUCGUGGUGUCACCGGACCACCGCUUAGCACCGGAGCACAGGCUUCCGGCAGCCAUUGACGACGUCUAUGGUGCCCUAACGUGGGUCAGAGACCAAGCUGUGUGUGAGAGUCCAGAUGAGUGGAUGUGUGGUGAUGAAGUUGAGUUUGAUAAGGUUUUCAUAUUGGGUGACUCGUCUGGUGGUAACGUGGCUCAUCAUUUGGCGGUUCGAAUUGGAGCCGGUUCGGAGGAGUUGAAGCCGCUUCGAGUACGAGGUUAUGUGCUGUUGUCGCCUUUUUUUGGUGGGACAGCCCCGACCAAGUCCGAGGAACAGAGGCCAUGUGAAGAAUUUUGGAAUUUGGACAUGUAUGAUAGGUUUUGGAGGCUAUCACUACCAGAAGGAGCUACUAAAGACCACCCAUUGUCAAACCCAUUUGGACCUUCAAACUCCUUGAGCCUCAAAGACACAGCCCUUGAUCCUAUCUUGGUGGUUGUAGGUGGUGGUGAAAUUUUGAGAGAUAGAGUGGAGGACUAUGCUAGGAGGCUGAAAGAGUUUGGAAAGAAGAUCAAUUAUGUUGAGUUUGAAGGAAAGGAACAUGGUUUCUUCACAACCAAGUCCUCCACAGAAGAGGCCAAGGGUGUCAUGCAAAUUUUCAUAGACUUCAUGUCCAAAAACUCCAGUCUCCACAAUACUAUUGAAAAUAGUAAACUUGUUUUUAAUAAUUUGAGAGUUACUCAAUUAAGUUCAAGCAUGUAGUAAUGUUAGUUUUAUGUUAAGAGAGUUUAGUAAUAUUUUAGGUUACGUUUGGUAGAGUUUUGUAAAUAAGAUUUGAGAGUAUGAGUUGUAUUUUGAGUUUGUGAAUUGUGGAAUUAUGAUUUGAGUGUAAAAAUUUGUUUGGUUUAGUUUUU